AUGGGCUACGAUAGGUUCAACCACCAGCCCACGCUUAAGCCAAUUGACCAUCUCUACGAGAGCAGGUUGAGACAGUUUACUGACCAGGGCGGUCAGUACCCUUCGCUCAACUUGCCCAAGUUCUACGACCACGAAAGAGUCGACUCAAACACAGAUGCCAUUUCCUUGAAAGUAUGGAGAACGCCGGGCGAGAGCGGCCCGGGAAACACCGAGAGACCGCUCUUUCGUGAUAUCAACUGGGACGAAGUCGAGUGGGAACACGCAAAGAAAGGCGACAGUUUUGGACCUUCUUGGAGAACCUUCUGGUUCAAGAUAGAAUGGACCAUCCCAGAGCACUGGCUCAACAACAAGGACGUGGAAGAAAUCGACUUCAAUUGGGAUUGCGGCAACGAGGGCCUUAUCUAUGACCAUGAUGGAGUCCCCUUGCAAGCGUUCACCGGAGGCGACAGAACAUUGUUCAAGCUUCCAAAGAAGUACUGGAAGGCUAAAAAACAGCUUUUUUAUUUGGAAAUGGCCUGCAAUGGCAUGUUUGGAACUGGUGACCAGGGCCAUCCGGACCCAAAUAAGUACUACACCCUCAGCAGGUGUGAUUUGGUGUGGCCGGACUUGAACGCAAGGAAGUUGUUUUGGGACUUUUGGAUUCUUGGAGAUGCCGCCAGAGAGUUGCCUGGCGGCAGAGACAAGUACCAGGCUGCGCUGAUCGCCAAUAAGAUCAUGGACACGUUUGACCCUAACGACAGGAAGUCGAUUUUGAAGUGCAGAAAGCUUGCUCAAGAAUUCUUGGGUCCUGAUGUGGAUUCCGAGGCUGUUUUUGAAAAUAACCCUUUGAAGAAGAUUGACGUUUUCGGUGUGGGCAAUUGUCAUAUCGAUACUGCCUGGUUGUGGCCAUUUGCUGAAACCAGACGUAAGAUAGUUAGGUCCUGGACGACUCAGUUGAAAAUUGCUGACGAAUACCCGGAAUACAUCUUUGUGGCUUCUCAAAUGCAGCAGUUCAAGUGGUUGAAGCAAGACCACCCUGAGAUUUUGAAGAAGAUCAAAGAAAAGUUUGCCAAAAAGCAGUUCUUGCCAAUCGGUGGAUCUUGGGUUGAGAACGAUACUAACAUGCCCAGUGGUGAGUCUUUGAUCAGGCAAUUUUUGUUGGGCCAACGAGCCAUGAUUGAGGAGUUUGGAGAGCGUUCACGAGUAUUCUGGUUGCCGGACACCUUUGGUUACUCUUCUCAGGUCCCUCAAAUCUGUCAGAUCGUGGGAAUUGAGAAGUUCUUGACUCAAAAGCUCUCUUGGAACAACAUCAACCAGUUUCCUUUGACUACUUUUAAUUGGAAGGCUAUUGAUGGGAGUCAGGUUCUUGUUCACAUGCCACCAGCAAACACCUAUACUGCUGCUGCUCACUUUGGCGACGUUGUUAGAUCUCAAAACCAGCAUCACAAUUUGAGAGAUGUGCCAACGGGACUUUUGCUUUAUGGAUAUGGUGAUGGUGGUGGAGGACCAACCGAAGAAAUGUUGGAGAAGUUAAGAAGAUGCAGAGGUGUCGCCAACACCACAGCAUCUAUUCCAUCCGUCCACGUGGGAAAAACUGUCGAAGACUUCUACGAUGAUGUCUUGGAAAAGUCUGACCAGGGUAGAACCCUUCCAACCUGGUGUGGUGAGCUCUACUUGGAAUUCCACAGAGGGACUUACACAAGUCAAGCUGAUAUCAAGAAGUGGAUAAGGCAGGCCGAAAUCAAACUUCACGAUUUGGAAUUCCUUGCUUCGAUCUUGUCCGUUAACCAUAAGAACUACAAGUACCCCUCCAAGCAAAUCAAGGACAUUUGGGAAGACAUUGCCUUGUGUCAAUUCCAUGAUGUCAUUCCAGGUUCUUGUAUCGGAAUGGUGUAUUAUGAGGAAGUAAAGCCAAUGCUCAGGAAAAGAUUGAAGGAAUUGAACAAAUUGAUCAAGGAUGCCUUGAAUCACGCUGGACAUCAAGACUCCGAAAAGGUGGUAGCAGUGAACACUUUACCUUGGAAUAGAAUUGAGUUGGUUGAGGUUCCGAAUGAUCAAGUCUCAGGUCUUGAUAUAGACAUUGUCCGUCUCAACUCUGGUAGCUCAACCACCUUCGCUAUCAACACUACUGACAAUACUUUUAUACGUGAGAAGAACCUCAAGUAUCCUUCUUCUAUAACCAAGGUGGGUGAUCACUAUGUGUUAACUAACAAAUUGAUCGAGGCGAAGAUUACACUGAACGGUACUCUUUCGUCGGUAAAGGACUUGAGCACUGGUCGUCAAGUUAUUGAUACAAAAAAGACAAAGGCUUCUUCUGGAUAUGGUAACCAGUUGGUUCUCUUUGAUGAUGAGCCAUUGAACUUCCCUGCUUGGGACACCGAGCUCUACUCGCUUAACAAGUUCGAAUUCCUCGAGAAUGGUGAGGUUGUGUCAUCUUCCAGUCAUCCAUUGGAGUCCAAGUUGGUUGUGAAGCACAAGAUUUCGUCUAAGUCCUAUAUUGAAACCACCAUUUCUCUCGCUGGUGUAACCGACAACAAGCAGAUUGCGCAAAACAACUACAUCAAAUUCCUGGCCCAUGUUGAGUGGCACGAAACCUAUAAGUUUUUGAGAGUGCAGUUCCCUACCACCUUACAAACAGCUCAACACGCUCUGUAUGAGACUCAGUUUGGUAUCACUCAAAGACCAACGCACUAUAACACCUCGUGGGACGUUGCAAAGUUUGAAGUAUGUCACCACAAGUUUAUGGACUUGUCUGAGCACAACUAUGGUGUUUCUAUCUUCAAUGACUCCAAGUACGGCGCAGCAAUCCACGGUAAUUUGAUGAGAUUGUCACUUCUUCGUUCUCCAAAGGCACCAGAUGACUUGUGUGACAUGGGUACUCACGACUUCUCCUAUGCUUUGUACCCACACAAGGGUUAUUUGAACUCUGAUGUUGUCAAGUUGGCUCAAAACUUUAACUACAAGCUCUUGUACACUCACGGUGAUCCAACUGAGGUAGAGACUCUCACUAAGUCUGUCCAUUUGUCUGGCGACGAGUCAUUGAUUUUAUCGAAUGUCAAGAGAAGUGAGGACGAUGAAGACGUCACAACCUCGGAGGCAAUUGAGGUCCAAAACAAGGGUCAGCAGUCAAUUGUCGUUCGUGUCUACGAGUCCCUAGGUGGCCUGUCUCAAGGAAAGCUUGAGUUUGGAUUGUCUGUUGACAAAGUUUUUAAAGCCAACGCAUUGGAAGAGAUUGAAGAGGAGAUCGAAUUGGAAGACAAUUCCGUUCCAAUUUCUUUAAGAGGUUUUGAAAUUGCCACCUACAAGGUUGUAUUCAAAUGA